AUGCAAUUUAAUUUAGAAACUGAAAAUAACUUAAUAAUAAGUGAUUUUAGGCCAGAAGAAUGUAUAGAUUUUUUAUCUAUGGAAUCAAUUUCAGAUGCUGGAAUUUAGUUUCCUAAGCCAUAAAAUAAUAAAUAUAAUGUUGAGCCUCCUCCUAAUUCAAAAGACUUUAAAGAAAAAGUAAUUCUUAGUCCAUUAUCACCUAAUUUCGAAGGAUUUAAAGAUUACGAUCAAUUAAUAUUGCAUCCUUCUUAAAAUUUAUCUCAAAGACCAAUUUAAAAAAAGUCAUCAAUAUAAUUAAUCAAUAAAAAUCACAAAUAAUCAGGAAAUGUUAGCGGAAGUUUUAUGAAAUAUUUUCACACAAGAAGAUUUGUUAAUAGAAUAUUAAGAAAUAAAAAUAUGUUUCACUAAUUACAACCAAUACAUUUGGAAAUAAUUAACGAUGCCUCAUCUCAUUAUGAUACUGAAAUAUUUGGUCAAAGAUCUCAAUCUUUUAAAUCUCUAGGAUUAAUGAAAACUUUGAAUUUAUCUAUUUCUCCAAGCUUCACUAAAAAAUUUAUAUCUAAAUACAAAUGGAUAUCUAAUUUAAUUUUGAGCAAAUUUCUUUAGGUUUUACACAAAAUUCCAGUAAUUUAACCUGAAAAUAAAGGGAGAAUAAUUUGGGAUGUAAUUCUUUCAAUAACUAGAUUAUAUUUUAUUAUUUUAAUCCCUAUUGAUAUGGUAUUUGAGGAACGAUUAUUAUACUCAGAAAAAUUAAUAAUAGUUACUACUUUAUAAACAUUAUUAUUGAUUGUUGACAUGUUUAUCAAUUUAAAUACUGCAUAUUAUUAAUUUGGAUAAAUAGUAUCAGAAAGAUCGAAAAUAAUCCAUCAUAAUUUUAGUAAGGGAUAUGGUUUAGAUGCCUUUUCUGUAAUAUUUUUAAUAUGUUUGCUUUUUGUAAAUUGGGAUUCGAUUGGUGUUUACGAACCAUUUGUUUUUAUUGGAUUGUUAUCAUUCACUGUUUAAUAUUAAAAUAUUACCAAGCUAAUUCGAAUUUUUGAAGAAGUCUUAAAUCUUAAUAAAAUUCAGGCUGGUUUCUUAGAAUUAGCAAAAUUAAUCACUUUAUUAUUAUAUGUUUUGCACAUUUCUGCAUGUAUUUGGAUUGGGUGUGGUAGAAUAAGCACUUCUGUAACCAAUGGUACUAGUUGGAUGGUUAAAGAAGAUAUACUAAACGAGUAAUGGAUAGUGUAAUAUUUGAGAUCAUUUUAUUUUUGUACUGUAACCAUGUUUACUAUUGGAUAUGGUGAUUUAACUCCAUAAUGUAGAGUAUUGUAUUAUUUUUAGCUAAUUUAGAAUAUGUUACAUGCAUAAUUUAUAUCUUGAUCUUUAGUAUCCAAUUACCCUAUAGUGUUAAUACAGUUGGUGCGAUUAUUGAUGAAAUAUCAAAAUAUAGUGAAUAGAAAUUGCAGAAAUUACGUGUGAUUAAUACUUACAUGGCAAAAAAGAAAAUUACAUAUGAAUUAUAGGUGAAAAUACGCUAAUAUUUAGCAUAUUAUUGGGAAUGUCAAAAUACUUAGAUUUCCUAAGAAGUUAAAGGUAUUUUGGAAUAAUUAUCAGAAAAUCUUCGAGAUUCCUUAAUGUUAGAAGCAAAUUCAAUUAUUUUAAAUAGUUGUGAUAUGUUUUCUAAAUUUCUUUCUCCUAGUUUUACAAAGGCUUUAGUUAAUAAGAUUAGGUAUUUAGAUGUUCAACCAGAAAAUUUGGUUGAAUUUUCUGAUUAACCCGACUCCUAUUAAAAUUAUUAUUUGGCCUUCAUUGAAUUAGGAACAAUCCAGGUUAUUUAAGAUCAAAGUAAUUGUAAAAGUGAUUCAUAUAUUUAAUAAUUGAGUCAAGGUCAAGUGUUUGGUUUAUAUGAAUUUAUUACUGGAUCAUAGUGUAGUGAGUUUUAUAAAAGUAAAGGAUUUUCUAAAUUAUUGAUCUUACCAAGAAAUUAAUUCUUAAAAAUAUUGAAAGAGUUCCCAGAGGAUAAAGAAAAAUACUGUCAAAUCAGAGAUGAUUUACUUUAUAAUAAUGGUGAACAAUUUUUGAGAGAAAUAGGAGUGUAAUGUUACAUGUGCAACUCAAGAUAUCACAUAAGUAAAAAUUGUCCAAUGGUCCAUUAUUGUGCAGAUAAGGAAAAAAUUGUUAAAUCCCAAGCAUAUAUCUUUAAACAACCCAGAAUACGUUAAAAAAGAAAAGUUAGUAGAAAUUAGUUUAGCGGGAAAAAAGACUAAAAAAUUGUGAUGGAAAUAGCAUAAUAUUUUAAAGAAGAUUUUUGGAAAGAAUCUCAAUAUUAUGAAAUCAAUGAUAAUGAUAUUGAACAAUCCCCUUAAUAAAGUAUUAAUUCAGAUGAGGUAAGAGAUUAUAUUAAAUAAACUCCGCAAUUACAAAUAUCAAAAACUACUUAAGUUGUAUAAGCUAAACAACAAAAGUUAUAAAGGAUUGGAUAAUUAAAGGAAAUACAAUAAUCAAAAAGAGCGGCUCGGUAAAAUACUAUUUCUCCUUUAAUGAAAUUUUCAACCAAUCAAUAAAUUGUUGAUUAAUUUAGUUCAAAUGAGUUAAAAAUCUUACCAAGAGCUCAUUCUUCUUUAGUUGAUAAUGUUAGCUAAUAGGAAAGUUAAAUUACUCCAGAAAAGUAAGAUGAGGAGGAUGGAACGGCUUAGAAAAGCAAUUAAUAAAUAAUUUCAAUUAAAGGUGACUAAACUCAAGUCAAAAAAAGAUGUAUACCCUAGCAUUAACAAACUUAAUUCACAACAAGGCUUAAAAAUUUUAAAAUAGAAAUUGAAAAAGAUUCUUAAACAAAAAUGAGUUUAUUAUUUUCAAGAGAUUUGGAACUUCAAGAGAAUUGGCAAUCAAUAGAAUAAAGAAUUUUACAAUUGAAAUAAUUUUAAGAAUAAGAACAUACAGUAAUUUAAUUAUAAAAUUUGUCUAAUUUGAUUUAAAAUUAGUUAAAUGAUAAUUUCAUGUGCUUAGAAAACUUCGAGCUAUAAAAAGAUUUUUAAUUCUAUUUACCUCAUAAUAAUUUUACUAAUUUAGAAGUUAGUAAUUGCUAUAAUAAGCGAUUAAUUGAAAAUUUGUCGAGAUUUAUUAAAUAUUUCUUUUAUCCAUUUGUUUAUAUUAAAAAAUAUUCUAGAUUGGACAUUGAAGAAGAUUACAAAUUAGAAAGGCAAAGAAAAACAAUGUCAUUUUCCAAAAAGAAACCAACAGUUGUAAUUAAAUUUAGGGAUAAAGCAAAAUAAAUUAUUAAUAGUAGAAGAAUAGUGCCAGAAUGA